CAGUUAGUGUGACUGUUUCUUCAGCUUCUUGUUGUUUUGCUUUUGCAACUUAUUGUGUUUCUGUUUGGUGGGAAUCUAACUUGAUGUGAAAUGCAUGAGAUUUAUAGCUGUCUCUUCAAUUCAAUAAUUUGCAUCAUCAUUUAUCUAUAUUUAUAGUUGCAUUGGGUGCUUCCAUGUAGUGUUGUAGUAAUCUUGUUUGGUUGCUUUAUUCAAUUCCUAAAGGGUAGGUUUACUGUGCUGAAUUGAUUAAUGACAUCCACUGCCUGUUGCUACUGCUCUCUUCUACCUUGAUACCUAUUCAAUUCCUAAAGGAUGGAAGCACAAAGUUCUCAGCAUGGGCAAGUUAUCGAAAUUGGUGGAGAUCUUUGUGAAGAAAGGAAGAUUUGUGGGGAAGCGCCAUGUGGCUUCGCAGAUGCUGGUGCCAUCUCCAAGGAUUCUGAAGAACGGUCAACUGCCAUGCGAAAGCUUUUGAUGGCAGUAAUCCUUUGUGUUAUUUUCAUGACCGUUGAAGUAGUUGGUGGCAUCAAAGCUAACAGUCUUGCAAUAUUGACUGAUGCUGCACAUUUGCUUUCAGAUGUUGCAGCAUUUGCCAUCUCCUUAUUUUCUUUAUGGGCUGCAGGAUGGGAAGCUAAUCCCCGUCAGUCAUAUGGAUUUUUCAGAAUAGAGAUUCUUGGUGCUCUGGUUUCUAUCCAAUUAAUAUGGCUGCUUGCUGGGAUUCUGGUAUAUGAAGCCAUUGACAGAAUGAUUGCAGGUCCUAAAGACGUUGAUGGUUUUUUGAUGUUCAUGGUUGCUGCAUUUGGUCUUGUGGUUAACAUCCUUAUGGCUUUUUUAUUGGGUCAUGAUCAUGGACAUGGUCAUGGACAUGGACAUGAUCAUGGACAUGAUCAUCAUGGCCACAGCCACGGACAUGAUCAUCAUCAUAGCCACAGCCAUGGGGUUUCAGUGACUAGCCAUACAAAAGUUGAGCACCAUCACACCCAUGAUGAAAAGGAUCCAGAGGAUGCACACCAUCAUACCCAUGAGGAUCACAAGCACCAUGAUGCCCACAAAGAGGUUACUGAACCACUUCUUGGUGAAUCAAAAGACAGGCCCAAGAAGAAGAGGAACAUUAAUGUGCAGGGGGCUUAUCUCCAUGUACUUGGAGACUCUAUCCAGAGUAUUGGGGUAAUGAUUGGAGGAGCAGUCAUAUGGUAUAAGCCUGAGUGGCAAAUAGUUGAUCUAAUCUGCACUCUGAUUUUUUCAGUAAUUGUUUUGGGGACUACUAUCAACAUGCUUCGAAACAUUCUGGAAGUCCUGAUGGAAAGCACGCCCCGUGAGAUAGAUGCCACUGAGCUUGAAAGAGGGGUGUUGGAGAUGGAAGAAGUAUUGGCUGUUCAUGAGCUGCACAUAUGGGCCAUUACAGUGGGGAAGGUUCUGCUCGCCUGUCAUGUUAAAAUCAAACGUGAUGCUGAUGCAGAUAUGGUGCUGGACAAGGUUGUUGACUACAUCAAAAGGGUUUAUAACAUCAGCCAUGUAACCAUCCAGAUAGAGCGCUAAGUUUUCCUUUCAUGUUCUUUGUGUACAUCUUUUAUGCUAGUGAAUGAUUAUGAUGGGAAGAAUUUAGUUAGACUUAAGGCAUUAUGUUUCUGGAACUCAACUUUCUCCAAGACAAUAAUUGUUUUUUUAUAUGCA